AUGACAAUGACGUACACUGACGACGCGCAGUGGACGACCGGCGACAUCGCCCUCCUCUCGACCGACGGCGUCCGCCUUCGUGUCCCCCUCAAGCUCCAGAGCGCGAGCGCCAAGCUCCGCCAAGCACCCCCUGCAGCACUCCUCCGCGCCCCUGCCUCAGCAGCGACGCUGCGGCAGUUCCUCACCCUCGCCUCCUCCCAGUCCUACACCCUCGGCGCAUGGGAAGACGCGCUGCCCCUCGUGCGCUUCGUCGUCGCGUUCCAAGCCCCCGCGCUCCUCGAGAUCAUCCUCGACGCUAUCCGCGUCUCCCUAGUGACAAACUUCACUCUCGGCGCCUUCAUCCUCGCCGCGGCGGCCGACUCGCCGGCUCUCGCCCGCGACGUCAUCAAAGCGGCGCUCGACCGCCGCUGGGGCUGGGUCGGCGGCGGCGUGCCAGGCCGCGCCGUCCUCGACCCCUCCGGCUGGCCCGCAUACAUGCACAAAACGUGCCCAGGCGUGUGGGCGUACGCGCUCGCGCGCGCGUGGAAGCUCACGCGCGUCGCGGAGGGCCAAGACGAGGGCGAGCUCCUCGGCGCAGCCUUCGAGCGCGUGCUCGCACAAGCGCGCGCGGCGCCCCCCGCCGCCGCCAGCAGCGACGACGAGACGUGGACCGCGGGCGAAUGGACGCUCACGUCCGCUGACGGCGUGCGCUUCCACGUCCCCGCCUACCUCCUCCUAUACUUGAGCCCCGUGUUCCGGGACAUGGCGUCGAUCGGCUCGGGCCCGCCCUCGCUCGAGUUCACCGACAGCGAGAUCGAGAGCGCGCCCGUCCUCCGCCUACUCCUGCACUUCGUGACCACCGGCUCGCUCUCCAUCUCCGCGCCGGCCGUAGAGUACAACCUCGAGCACGUGCGCGCACUCGUCCUCUUCCUGCGCAAGUGGCAGGCGGGCCCCGCGCUCAACCACGCCCUCUUGCAGGUCGAGCGCGCGGCGGAGCGCGGGCAGUGCUGCGCGAUGCGCGCGUUCAUGGUCGCCGCGGCAGUCGAGGACGCCGACCUCCUCUCCGCCCUCGUGGCCAAGCAUGACGCAUUCUUCCCCGCGUCCGAGACCGAGGGCGUGGUCGGCGCAUCGGUGUGGGACCCCGCCGCGUGGCCCCUCAGCAUGUGGACGUCGUGUCCGCCCCACUACGCUGCGGCCGUCGCACGCGCAUGGGGCGAGACGCGCGGGUCGAGCGCGCGUGCUCGCGAGUUUCCGCACGCCUUCCGCCGCGGGCUUGAGGUAGGGUAA